CGCCGCAAGUGUCGUCAGCAGAAGAAGAAACCUUUCUUGACACACGAGACCGCGGCAGGAAGGAAGUUGAAUUUAGCUGACCGGAGAAUUUAUCUUCCAAUCUCAUUGUUGCUCAAGAGCCUUUGCUUGCCUUUUGUAUAUUGAGGUCACUUCUUCUCUCUGACAUAAAGAUGGUUCAGUGCCAGCUGCAGGUUUGGAUGACAUCCUGUCGAACGCCUGGUUGCCGCCAGAAGACACUUGCUGGCAAAUAAAAAUCCACUCUACGAAGUUUUGAAUGACUGAGUUACCGGAUGUGCUAGUUCCAGCUUUUAUUUUGAAAACCGGAAACAAAGUGUAUGGCUGGACCAGCUUGACACCGCUGAGGUGAGCAGGGAGAAAACCACGCUGAGAAGAAUUAAGUAGAAAAAAACAGGAUGGAGGUGUCAAGAAGAAGAGUCCUCCAAAAACACCUGGAGCCAGCGAGACCUCUGCGCCGCUGCAUCCCCGCUGAGAUGGGUGACUACUCGGCUCUACCUGAGUCCCAAAUAAAUGCUGCUGCGUGUGCACAGAAACUGAUAGAUCAUGAGACAAACAUCGGCAUUGAGCAAUUCUACGAGAUCGUCAACCUCCACAAACAGAAAAAAGCUAGAAUAUCUUACACAAGGGAUUUUUUAAUCGCUCUGGCCAGUUGUCCCGAAUCCAGGAAGAAGCCAGAAUUCUUGCCAGAGCAUCCAGUAGUCCUAACCGAGGCAAGAGAUCCUGGGAACCUGAGGCUUCUUCAAAUGAGGUGGAAUGGUGAAAAAGAAGAAGUGUGAGCUUAAAGAGGAUGACAGAAAGGCUUCACUUCCCUUAGAGAAAUUUGCACAGGUCUUAUUGUGUACUGCUGAGAGUGUUUGUGUUUUUUCUUGUUGUUUUUCUUUCAAUUUAAUUUAACUUUUUUUUAAUUUGCACACAUUUGCCUGAUUACUGUUGCUGUGAUAGUAUUGCUUUUCUGCUUGGUGAUUUUGUUUGCAGUGAAAUAUUUCUCUUGUAUAAAAAAAAAAUAUUAAUGGAUACUUUUUGACUGUGGUGCCGAUGUUUCAUUUAAAGAGUCAGCAGUGGGAUUUGGGAGGGAUGUGCAGAUUUGUUAUUACUUACCAACAGUGAAAAUCGUGUUAGUUGGAGCUACAGGAGCGUUGGGAUUUAACAUGUCUUACUGAAUAUCUUAACAAAACCUGCAGUAAAUUAAAAUUAAAGCAUGCUUGUAGUGACAAAUUCACUGAAAACCAUCACUCAACGAUCAGUUGUGUUAAGUAUUUUUUCAUUUUUCUGCUGUUUUUUGGCAUGCACCUCAUUUUUUUAUCACCCCAUGCAGCCUCAGCCAGGAACUGUUUGAAGUGGGAACCCUCAGUUAACCCCUCUGAGUCGCAUACGCAGCAUCAAAGGGGCGAUAGAGUUUGCAGAUGAUUGGUUAACGUAGCAUUUAGCACCUAAAAUGCAGAUUUUCCUUGAGGGGUUGGAGGAGAAAACAAAAAAAUCCGCAUGGAAUAAAUAUUGGACUUGUGGUUUAGCCUUAAAUUAUUCAUACCCAUGCCAAAUUUCUUAUCAUCCUUCAUGAAUCUUUUGGUUAAAUGUGCAAUAAAUUAAGAUUUGACAUGUA